UGUGCAGGGGGGCUUGAUGUCAUUGGCUAAUCGGUUUUUACUUAUAUAUGAGUAUUUACGGUGGGUGGUACCCUUUCUCCAACGCGAGUUGGCUCCCACGUGACCCCUGCGGACCAAUAGGGUGGACCUUUAGGUUUAACUAUGUUUAAUGUCAGAUAGCAAUAAACUAGAAGCUCUUGGUCAGGCCCGCGGAAAUGGGCGAACAUAAUCUCCUUAAUCCUGGGUUUGUGGGACCGUUGGUGAACAUCCAUACGGGAGACACCUUCUAUUUCCCCAAUUUCCGAGCCUCCGGAGGACAGCUGCCCGGCUUACCGUCUCUCUCCUACCCAAGAAGGGACAAUGUCUGUUCUUUGCCCUGGGCGUCCUCAGAACCCUGCAACGGAUACCCCCAGCCCUAUCUCAGCAGCCCCGUGUCUAUUAACCCUUCCUUCAGCAGAGCCUGCGACCUAGCUAGAGUGGAAGAGAGCAAGUGCUACUAUAGGGAGGCGUGCUCCGAGAACGCGCCGCUCAAAAGGGAAGAGAGGGUUAGGGACAAUGCCUUGAUGCCCCUCGAAUCGGGGAUCCCCAAUGGAAUGAGCGGCAAUUUCGGCAAAUUUGACUAUCCGGCUACUGAGGCGGUGUCCCACGAUCCCCCCUCUUGUCAGUCUUUGGAGUCAGACUCCAGCUCCUCCUUACUCAAUGAAGGCAAUAAGGGCGCCACCAGCGAGCCGUCCACAAUGGUUUCCACUAUCAACCAAGGAAGCAAUCUUUCCGCUGGGGGUGCUCCCUGGUACCCGAUGCACACAAGAUCCCGGAAAAAGCGAAAACCCUAUUCCAAACUACAGCUAGCGGAGCUGGAAGGGGAGUUUAUGGUCAAUGAAUUCAUUACUCGCCAAAGAAGAAGGGAGCUUUCAGAUCGGUUAAACCUGAGUGACCAGCAGGUGAAGAUCUGGUUCCAGAACCGGCGCAUGAAAAAGAAAAGACUCCUCCUGAGAGAGCAAGCCCUUUCAUUCUUUUAAAGUUCAGACAAGUAAAGUCCAUAUUCGGUAAAAACACAGAGACUCUCCAGCUUUCAUCACAACUAUGGUCCCGGGACUCUUACCUGAUCUGGUUUGAAUAGCCAGUUUAGAUUAUUUUUAUUUUUAUUCUUAUUCUAAAUCAAAACAAACCGACAAAAGUCAGUAUUCUUUUCAAAAAGCCCAACAGCAGGCAUGUAUACGUCAUAAGUGUGUGAUUGAGAGAGUAUGAGAAAAUGCUUCUCUUCCGCUCCUGGACCUGUUGGGGAAGACCCAAAUGUGAAUACCCAGAAAGGAACCCCUUCCAUCCAUCAGCGUGGCUUUUCUAAAAUGGUUAACAAAUAUUUGUCAGUGUUGUCGAAUAUGUUCUGAAUGUGAAUUUCAGUCCGACACUAUCGUCCUUAUUAUGCGUGCGCAAGCAUUCACAGGUACGGUUUCCACUCUAAGCAACAGGGCUCCCUGUUUUGUUGAAAGGGGCGGGGGGGGGAGAGGGUUUGAUUUCCUCGCCCUUGGCUUUGUUUGGUAGGUAACCCGGUCCUCAGCUAGACAGUAUUCUUGGAAGCAAAGUCACUAUCCUGUAGCAUAUACAUGAUCGGCUUAGUGUAUUGGAAUUUUUCAUUCUCUGGAGUAAAAGCUUAAGUGGAUGUGGCAUUCAUCUUAAAUCAACUGCAACCAUUCUUAUGGCGAACGGCGAGCCAGUGUUUUAUGUUUGCCAGGUUUUAUUUUCAAGGCAAGUUGGGAGGAGAACGGAGUUCAACACCUAUAGGUUAGCAGGAUAGGGUGUCCAAUGUUUGGCACAUCGAUGUGCAGCUGGCGUCCCCUGUGCUUAGGAAAUAAUGGAUCUCGGUGCUAAUUCGGAGGCUGUUCUGGGGAAAAACCGACCUGAAGAUGGGAUUUUGUCGAAUUCACUCCCAGGUUUUCUCAUUGGCAGGCCAGCACCUGCCUUUCUGAGGAUGCCAUUUUGGCAGUCUUCCUUGGGAGUAAAGCCCCACUGCACCAAGUGGGAUGACUUUCAAGUAAACAACACAUAGGAGUGGGCUGCAAAACGCCCAUACAGUCAUACAAACACACGUUUAGGUGAGGAAUGAUUUGUCAUGUUACCAUAUUAUAAAACCCAGCCUUUUUCAGAGGCUGCGGCUGCAGUGCUAUGCCGACUGACCUGGGGGUUAGUCCCAUUGAACGCAGUGGUGCUUACUUCUGAGUAGACCUGUAUAGGAUUGUGUUGUGCGUCCCUUGCCCUAGUUCAGCCGGCUGCCUACAUUACUCUCCUGUGUGUCUCCUGGGCACCCUCCCCCCUCCCCACCAUGAGCGCCAUAGAAUGCUUAACAAUAUUUUCAAUUUGUGUUUUGAUAAUAGCUUCGCUAAAGGGGUCUUUGUCCCGCUUAUUAUACUAUUGUGUUUAUUGAUGAUCAAGAUGGUGGUGAGGGGCGGUGGGAGGGGGAUGCCCCCUUUUAUACAUCAACUAUAGUGGCGGCCCCUUGGAGCUAAUUAAGCUAUUAAUAGCUUCCCUCCUUCUGAGGGAAUGAGAGAGAGAUUUGGCAUUAAAACUGAUUUCUUUCAUGGUUGCUGUUUUCGAAAUGAUGGUGAUGUGCCUUCAUCAUCACCACCACUACCAUCUUCCCCUCUUUUAAUCUUUCUCAUAUUUGCUUACACAUUGAAUUAAAGAGGUAUUUAUCUUUUAAAAAUCACGGCUGUUCUACCUUAAAAAUCAAGAAUUAUCCGUAUGUGUGUACGCGCUGUCUCGCUCUUUCUCACACACGGAGGCACACUCUCAUUUUCAUUCCUGAUUUUUCAUAGGCAGCAGCUGACGACUCUGAGCAUUUACGAGGUGUUCCUCAUCCCUCACCCCCACACUUAUACACACACAAGCAUUCUACUUUGGGGGAUAUACGGUAAUUUCUGCCUAACACUUCUAUUCAUCUAUCGAACCCCCGCCGCUUCUCCUUUGUAUUUUAGAGCAGCCCAGAGCAGGAAGGGAAUGCACAGAGCGGGUUGCCUUGUCGAUCAUCUCCUAUCGCAAACAGAUUUCCUAAUAGCCCUACCAGGCUUGGGCAUUCUUUAAACCCUUCAGUGAUCCCACUCACUGCAUGGACGGGAGAAGGUUGGCGGCAAUGGUGAAAGUAAUCUAACAGGAAUUUCUUUUCUGCCUCCCAACCACCUAAAUGCUCGAUUUGGGAAUAAAUUCCAUUGAUAUUUCUGGGACUUUUCCCACUGAGGUUCUCGUUCUGCUCUGCUGGUUUCCUAAUUGUAUUUUUAUUUUUAUUUUUAUUUUUUUUAAAAAAGUCGGGGGCGGGGUGGGGGGACGGAAGGAGAGAGAAAUGAGCCACAACAGCAAAGUAGGAUGAGCGGGUCAAGACGGUCUAAACCCGAGUUUUGCUAUGACAAGCUUUGCUUCAUUCGUUUUAUAUCAGAGGGGGAUUAAUUUUAUGACAAAGGGACCGUUUUCCUGGGCCAGACUCAGUUGUCACCACGUGCUCUCUGUCCCGGCGUUCAUGGUCAUGACCGGUGGCAGGAAUGCUUUGACUUUACCAGCUGAGCUGCAAAGUAUGCAGUCUAGUCCUUAAAAUACCUCUCUCUCUCCCCCCUUCCUCUGGCAGCCUUUUCUCUAAGUCUGUUUCCAAUGCCGAUGUCAACAUUCCUUCUCCUUAUCCAAUUCCCCCUCAAAAAUACAGAUCCAUAGGUUUGAGUGCCCCCCUCCAGUAGCAUCUUUCUGAAAGACCACCAUGCUUUACAAAUUCUAGACCCCUGUAAAAGAAGUCAGCCUCCUCCCAUAAGUGGCUUUGAAAGUAAUAUGUGUCCACUCAAAGUGGUGUGCAAUGGAUUCGCGCGGGUGUGUGAGUUUCUGUCUGUCUAUCCAUCCAAUUAUGUGGAAGGAGCAGGGUGCGUGUGGUGUCUGUGGUGUUAGUAGGAGGCUAAAUGUGGAGGAAGCCUACCUAUUUCUCCAAAAUGGUACCUUGGAGAACCUUCUACCACCACCACUCCAUCUUUUUCAGCCAGUGUCUUGUUUCCUUUGGACAGAGCAGCCGGUUGAAAUCACGGAAGCCAACAGCGCAGUCAUCAUCCAUUGUGCCCCAGCUUUCUUGUUAAUAAGAUUGUUUUAAGAAAGAAAGAAAAGCAUUUUCGGUCAAAAUUAGGACCUUCAUCCAGGCGAAGUGUAACAUGAUAUAUUGUAUAAAUAUCUAAAGAAGCUUUGGUUUGUGGGAAGUGCUGGGUAAUGUUCGAGGCACCAGACUUAUCAAAAUUGUACUUGAUUUACUAACUUUAAAAAAGGAAGAGCAAAAGGUUCACAGUCCUUUGUUCCUCGCUACCGUCGCCUCCUCUUGCAAAGCUGUGAUAUGUUACUCACUGACUGGCCUAGUAAAAGGUUGCAUUUUGAAGAAUGUUGGUGGUUGCCAUACCAGGCGUUUAGCGUUUAAAGAGCGAUGUCAUAACGCAGGGUUGGAUUUAAAACCCGUCAGCUGGGAGGGGGAGAGAGAGAGAGAGAGACUGUCUUGUUAAUAUUUCACAUGCCGAGAGCGAUUUCUAUCUGCAGUGAAGGAGGGAGUUCUACGCUUUGAAAUACAAUACACAACCCACCAGCAAGAAUCUUAAACCUUGAGAAUAUUUGGAGUGCAACUACAUACACUAGACAAUUCUCAAUUGCCGCUCCAAUUAUUAUUUUUAAAGGGGGGAGUGAUAAUUUAAAAAAUGAAGUUGAAAUAUAUGCAAUAUUAUCUUUAAUGCAGUCUGAAAGUAUUAUUCUGUGUGAAUUCUGUUGGUCUUGUGUCAGUUCCCGGUGUCUGUGGCUCGGUUCUUCGCUUGUUAUUCUCUAGUAUAGUUUUCUGCUGUUGUUAAAUAUGCAUCGCCGGCAAUAUAGUCCAUAUGUAAUGUUUCUUACCUCAUGCUAUUAUAUGUAGGGCCUAUGCAAAUGUCUGUCAUAGCACGUUUCCCUGGCUUUAUAUAGUCAUGUAAAAAGUUGUUCCACAAUGAUGACGAUGAUGAUGAUGAUGAUGAUAAAUUGAAUGUAUUAUGUGAUUUCUGA